CCCUCGUCGUUGCCUCUGCAUUCACCACCACCGCUCCCUCGCCCAUCCCCCCCCCGCUGCGGCCGUGUACACGCCAGGCCGCACUCACAUAAUCCAGCCAGCCUCAGCCCCAACUCCGUGAGCAGCGCCCCUUCAGCAGCCCCCUCGCCGCAGAUGCAGACAUAAGCCGCGCUCCCAAGCCAGACAAGACACGCACACGCACACGCACCACCCGCCAUGUCGUCGCGCUUCAAUCUCAACCCGCGCAAGAUGUUCAUACGGACGCGCUUCAACUACGAGAAGCUGCCUGGCGCCGACAGCCAGAGCUCCUCCCCCCUGCCGCUCUUCACCAGCAAGUCGUGGUCCAAGUCGUACCGCAACCACACAUGGGCAAACCGCCUGCAGCGUCCGCGCAUGUCCUUCGCGCGCCUUGUCAUGCUCGUCGUGACCGCCGUGCUGCUGGUCUCGAUGCUGGGCACGGGCAUCUACAGGAAGCACAGAUGGAACGCCCAGCAGCGAAAGGGCGAGGACCGCAAGCUGUACCACUGGGAGCACUACCCGCGGUUACGCGGGCUGUUCAAUGGCGUGCGCACCCUGGUGCCCUACGCCGACUGGGUCUCCGAGCAGAACUACGUCAAGUACUCUCAGAGCCCCAACCCGGAGGACAACAUCAAGCCUAAGUGGCCGCCCAUGUCCAAGGAGCACAAGGAGCCGCCGCUCGACCCCGUGCCCUUCAAUCCCUACCCCGACUACACCAGCGUCGAGUACCUCAAGACCCACGCCCCAGUCGAGACGUGCUACCUUGACGCCGAGGACAAGCUCGAUCUGCCUGACAUCUAUGCCUACCCCGGCAUUCCCCAGAACCAGACUGCCCCCUUCUUUGGCUCCUACGAAGAGCUCGGCAUAAACGAAAAGGUCUGCUUCGACCGCUUCGGUCGCUUCGGCCCCUAUGGCUACUCCUACUCGCGCGACCAGGGUGGCUUCGACCUGGCCGCAAAGUCAGAGAAGGCCGGCGCAGACAAGAUCUGGAGCUGGGAGAAGAAGAUCGACUACCGCCACGUGAACUGGGGCAAGGCCCAGAAGCGAUGCUAUGAGAAGAACAAGGCUCGCUUCCAGAAGAACGACACGACUGCCAGUGAGAACACCCAGCCCGCCAAGAAGAAGGUCCCUCGUCACGCCUACAUCCUCCGCACCUGGACUGGUUACAAGUACAGCGACUACCAGAUCCUGACCAUCCGCGCCAUGAUCAAUGAGCUCGCUCUCAAGUCGGGCGGCGAAUACGACGUCCACUUCCUGCUCCACGUCAAAGAUGACAGCAUUCCCAUCUGGUCUUCGGAAGAAGUUUACCAGAAGACGAUCCAGGACAACCUCCCCGAGGAGUUCUGGGGCAUGGCGACCCUGUGGUCUGAGCAGCAGAUGCGGAUGUACUACCCGGAACCCUUCCCCAACAACGUCUACAAUCACGCCAAGGCUCCCGUACAUUCCGUCUAUCGUAGCGCUCACUUUGCGAUGCAAUGGUUUGCCCAGGCGCGUCCCGAGUACGACUUCUACUGGAAUUGGGAGAUGGAUCUCCGCCUCACCGGCCACUACUACGAGUUCAACACUAAGAUUGGUGACUGGGCCCGGAGGCAGCCACGCAAGGGCCUUUGGGAACGCUCGUCUCGCUACUACAUCCCCGAGCUUCACGGAUCCUGGAAGAACUUCACCGAGAUGGUCGAAGAGGAGAUGUACAACAGCGACGAGAAGCCCGUCUGGGGUCCGCCCCAGUUUGAGAACACGGGCAUGCUUCCGAGCCCGCCUGAGGUUAAGCAUUCGAGGACAUAUCUUGCCGACCAGUACGAGUGGGGUGUCGGCGAAGACGCCGAUCUAAUCACCUUCAAUCCCAUCUUUGACCCGGCCAAGACGAAUUGGGUCUUUCGCGAUGAUGUUUCUGGCUAUGACCUCGAGCUUCCGGAGCCACCCCGCCGCUGCGCUAUCAUAACCGUCUCGCGCCUGUCGAAGCGCUUGCUCGAUCUCAUGCACCGCGAAACCUAUCUGAUGAAGCACCACAUGUUCCCGGAGAUGUGGCCACCUUCGGUUGCCUUCCACCACGGGCUGAAGGCUGUCUAUGCCCCGCACGCGGUCUACUUCGACCACAACUGGCCGCUCGAGGCAAUUGACGGCACCUUCAACCACCCGCCCAAGCCAACAGACAGUGUCUUCGGCUGGGGCGAGCACAACCAGCUGGGCAACAGCUUCUACUACAACGCUGGCUUCUCUUCGGAGCUGUGGCGGCGAUGGCUAGGAGGGAAAGAGUUCGACCAGGGCGGGCCCGCAGAAGAGGAGGCUGGCACCGGCCGACUCUGCCUCCGCCCGACACUCUUCCACCCGAUCAAGCACGAGAACCUGGCUGAUUGACUUCCCUUCUAUCUCCGAUGCGCCCUUUUAAUCGUCGUGUUCUUUUUCGUUUCUCUCUGGCGCCACGUUGAGCGUUAUAGACUUGACACUUCAACCUUUUAAACACCAGCACUUUUGGCAUACUCAGCGUUGUUACCAUUCCCCUGUGCUUUCGUCCACCAUUGUCUACCAUCA